AUGGACCCUACACAACUAACUCACCCAAUCCAACCAACCCACCCUAUCCAACUCACCCAGCCGACCCAACAAACCCACCAUACCCAAAUACUCCACCCCAUCCAACUCACCCAGCCUACCCAACUUACCCACCCUAUGCAACUAACCCAGGCAAGCGAACUAUCCCAGCAAAGCCUCCCAAGCCAAUUAAUCAGCCCUACCCUGCCAACCCAGCCAACCCAAAAAAGCAAUCCUAUCCAAUCAAAUCAACCGACCCAUUCUGGAACCGCUACCAGUAUCCAAUCGAAUCCGUCCGCACGAUUGGCAGCUGCUACUGCAUCCAAGCGUCCUGGGAGGCAAAAGGGAUCACUUGGAUACACCACUCCAGACUGCUUGGCUCUGGUGGAUGCAGUCAAGAUGUGUCUCCCUUUGGGCUCCCAGGAGUGGGGAUAUGUUCAAGUUGAAUUUAACAAAUACGCGCAGGAAAGUGGUCGACCAACCAGAGAGGCCGAAGCGUUAAAGCUCAAGUUCCGAGCCUUAGCAAACCAGACGAAACCAACAGGCGAUGCUGACUGUCCGUCAUACGUUCGCGAGGCCAAAGCAGCUCAAAUAUCGAUCGAUAGACGAGCUCAUGUCAUCUCAUUUAAUGAUAAUGAAAACACAAAUGAGACGCAUGAGAUUAGAGGAGAAGUCGAGGUGUCAUUGCAAGAUCAUGAAGAAGCCGAUUUGGACUUUGGAAACAAUGAGGUGCUUCCUGAUCCUCUCGAUCUAACCACACCUCCGGCGACAAACCCUUCUGAGCGAUCACAAUUGCAAUCGGAUAACUCUGGACCCAACUCGCGAUGCUUUAGCGCGUGGAGCCAGAGGACCUCUGGGUCUGCCUCCGGUUCUCACCAAAAUCCUUUGGUGAAUCGACCGGACACUUGGGUCCGAUCAGAUGGCCCUUACAAGAGUGCAGCGCAAUCAAGGAGACCGGGACUGCCUCCACCCCAACUUGAAGAGAAUAUGGUCGCUUAUUUCGAUCCUCAAGCACGAGAGGCGCGCGAUCACGAACGUAGUGUGACUCAGUUCUAUGCUUUUUCCUUACAGGAUUCUCGUGCGGCAAACGCUUGUCUUGAGGCCAAGAUCAAGGAACUACGCGAUGGGGAUAAGAGUUUAGCUAACCAACUGAAAAUCAAAAACGAUCGACUGAAAGAGAAGAUAAACGAACAAAAGUUUGAAAUCCAGGGACUUAAGAAUGAGAUCAAAUUCUUGCAAUUGCAACUGGAUUUCGGGGGUAGUACUCAGUCUCGUCUUUCUCAUCCAUCCAACCCAUCCUCUGAUGGUCAUCUGGCCAGCACUUCAUCUCCACACAACGCUUGA